AUGCUCACUGAGAAGUGUUUGGGAUUUGUUUACUCUGGAUUGUAUCUAUGGGCAUCUUUGUUUCUGUCCUUCUUUAAAGUUUCCCAACAGGGUGAAAACCAAAGGCGUCUGUAUAGAGAACUGUUGAGGAACUACAAUCGCCUUGAACGCCCCGUAGUGAAUGAUUCCCAACCUCUUAUUGUUGAGCUACAACUUUCUUUGCUGCAGAUAAUCGAUGUGGAUGAGAAGAACCAGGUGCUGAUAACGAACGCUUGGCUACAGAUGUACUGGAUUGACGUUUACUUGUCUUGGGAUCAGUAUGCAUACCCAGGAGUCCAGAACUUACGAUUUCCCGCUGACCAGAUAUGGGUGCCAGACAUUCUUCUGUAUAACAGUGCGGAUGAAAGAUUCGAUGCCACGUUUCACACGAAUGUGUUGGUGAAUUAUUCUGGAUCUUGUCAGUACAUUCCUCCAGGCAUUUUGAAGAGCACGUGUUACAUUGACGUCCGCUGGUUCCCUUUCGAUGUGCAAAAAUGCGAUUUGAAAUUUGGUUCAUGGACCCACAAUGGCUGGCUGCUUGAUCUGCAGAUGCUUGAAGCUGAUAUUUCCAAUUACAUAUCAAAUGGAGAAUGGGAUUUAGUGGGUGUCCCAGGGAAGAGGAAUGAGCUGUACUAUGAGUGCUGUAAAGAACCGUAUCCAGAUGUGACAUACACGGUAACCAUGCGCCGGCGCACCCUCUACUACGGCUUGAACUUACUGAUUCCCUGUGUCCUUAUAUCUGGCUUGGCACUGCUUGUUUUCCUGUUGCCUGCUGACUCAGGAGAGAAGAUCUCUUUAGGCAUCACUGUCCUGCUGUCCCUGACCGUGUUCAUGCUGCUUGUGGCGGAGAUCAUGCCUGCCACCUCGGAUUCCGUCCCUCUAAUAGCUCAAUAUUUCGCUAGUAUCAUGGUCAUUGUUGGUCUCUCGGUGGUGGUAACGGUCCUGGUUCUUCAGUUUCAUCAUCACGAUCCACAAGCGGGAAAAAUGCCCCACUGGGUCCGUGUUAUCCUGCUGAAUUGGUGUGCUUGGUUUUUAAGGAUGAAAAAGCCUGGAGAGAACAUAAGGCCCCUCUCUUGCAAAUACAACUAUCCCAAGCACCGUUCAAGCAUCAGUAGCGUUGAGAUGAACGUGUUACCCGGAUACCAAUCUAGCAACGGGAACGUGAUCUAUAGCUACCAUGCCAUGGAAAACCCAUGCUGCCCACAAAACAGUGACUCAGGUAGUAAGGGUGGGAAGGUCGCUUGCUCCUCUACAGAAGAUAUCGAGUUAGUUCAAAAGAAAGCUUUAAUGGAUACUAUCCCAGUGAUUGUCAAAAUCCUGGAAGAAGUUCAGUUCAUUGCAAUGCGCUUCAGAAAACAAGAUGAGGGUGAAGAAGUUUGUAGUGAGUGGAAGUUUGCAGCAGCUGUCAUAGACAGAUUAUGUCUGGUUGCAUUUUCACUCUUUGCAAUCAUCUGUACGUUUACAAUACUGAUGUCUGCUCCAAAUUUUAUAGAAGCUGUUUCAAAGGAUUUUGCAUAA